GCGGAGGGACGGCGGCUCGAGGUUCCUGUCGCUCGGAGACGCCGCGCUCUGGCCGCGGGUGGAGGAAGGCGUUCGAGCCGGGGCCUGGUGCUCUAGUUUUUUGCAAUUAACAAGCAACAAUAUCUGAUUGAAGUUUGUGCUCUGUGUGGCUCAGCUAUUCACUGACUGAACAAGCCUUUCCAGUGACAUCUUACUGUUGGUUUGAAAAAUAGCCUAUCUGUGACUCGACAUUGCAGAAAUCAUGUCAUUGACAGCGGGAUUGAAGAAUGACUUUGAGAGGCUGCUGUUGCGUUUCCAACAGACUGAAAGUGUGCGCUAUGAGGAAUUCUCUGCAAUCUGGAGGGACAUGAAGUUUUCCACUAUCUUUUAUGGAAAAAUGGGUAAAACUGAUGGCAGGAAGUUCACCAGAGAAGCAUUACUCUUGGCAAGUCAGUACUUCUUCCCCCCAUAUAGUUUUCAGAUCCGGUUUGGGGGCUUGUACCUUCUUUAUGGACUUUAUUAUACCCAGCUUUGUCAGCCAAAAGAAAAGAUAAGGAUGGCACUGAAAGAUUGGGAUGAGGUGCUAAGUUGCCAAGAAGAAAUGGUGAAAGCAGAACAUUUUGAUGCUGUUUAUGUUCUGAAAAAACUCUUACAUGACAAAGCCUUCCAUUUCACAGCAAUGCCAAUAUUACUGGCUUACAAUAAGAAGAGGAGAAAAAUACCCAGUAAUACUAUUAACGAUAACCUCCGGGAGAGAUCUAACCUGGUGUCUGAACUCAUUUCCGUUGAUGUUUUGGAGGAACUUAUGAAUAUCCAUGAUCAUUAUCAAACAAUGAAACGUAUGAUCUCUGCAAACAAAACCCAGCUGGACAAGGCAUUAAGUUUAAUUCGAAGUGACUUUGUUUCUGACUUAAAGAACAUAACGCUGGAAUUCCAACAGUGGCAAGAGAAAAAGAACUCAAGCUUGACUGACCAACCAGAAAUCUCUGGAUCCGAUGGUGAUGAAUCUAAUUGUCAGAAGGGCUCCAGUCGUGCACAGACCCUGGCAAAGAUCAAGUCAAAAUCAUACAAUUCCACAGUGAAGGCAUCUAGAUCCAGAAGGCAUCGACAAGUGAAAGUGGAGUCUUCAGAAUCUGGGUCUGACUGGGCACAAGUGAAGAGUUCUGAAAGAAAUCGGAAUUCCUCAGUUAAAAAGCACAGCAGAGAAAAAGAUUCUCCACCAACCAAGAGGAGAAAGCAGAAGCGUUAAAAUGGAUGUGAAAUAACUUUACCAACUACAAGUAAUCCCGACAGCUCCAGUAAUGUGAUCAAAAGUGAAAGCUGAAUGGAUCAAAGCAUGAUUACUGAAUCAGCCACAAAGUGCUACUUUUAUAUUUGGUAAAAAUAGAUGAAUAACAUUUCCUUGUGAUUUUAGAUAUAAUACACUGUUAUGUGGCAAUAACUCAUGAAUUGUAAAAGAUCUCUUUUCUGUUUAUAUGCCCUGUAUGUUUUGUGUUUUAUUCUGUUUAAUAUUAAAUGUAGGAAGGUAUGAUUUGACCUUAUCAAGUCAGAUUUUCAUCAUUUGGGUAACAUUUUGGGAAAGUGUUACUUCUGUUGUUCAGUUACUGUGGCAUCAUACUUCUGCAUACCAGCUGGUCGGCACAAGGCUUUUAGAAAUUGUAUUUUGGAUCUGUCUAACUUUAUUUUUGGGAUAUUUCAAUCUCUUAGCUAAUACUUAAAAACUAAAAUGUUAUUUGACUUGACGUUAUAUGUUCACUUUAUUGCGGAUCUGCUCAUGUUCAUGUUAUACCAUCCUGAGAAUACAGUGCUGGGCUCAGCUAUGGUUUCUUCUCUUCUAGUUAAUAUUCAUCACAAUCAGGUGGACAGGUUCACUCUCAUACGCAAAAUUAUCAGUAGCUAACUUUUUUUAAAGUGACAUCCUUCUUUUCUGUGCAAUACUUUCUUCAUUUAAUUUACUACGGAGGAGUCAACGUUGAAUAUGUGAUGCUGAACAAUGGUUUUCAAUAGGUCAGUCAAAAUUCAGAUUCAUGUUGGACAGAUAUGCACUGAAUCUGAAUUUAUUGCAUAACAAGCUAGUAACAUUGGAAAUUGUGCACUGUUUCUCUUAUCUCAAUGUUGUCCCAAUCCAUGAGUCAUUGUAUUACAAUGCACUUUAUUACUUACAAGAAUAUGAUUGUCCUGGCAGACAGCAGCUGCUAUUAUGAUUGUAAUGAGUAUUUAAUGAUGUUAAAGAUAUACGGCUUGUAGGUCCUGCCAUGUUUCCACCAUUCCACCUCUUCAUCUGGAUUUCAGGUUCAUGGUUGGUGGUGAUCUUUAAAAGUUAACUGAAGUCAUCUUUCACGAGUGCUACUGAAAAGCAAAUGUCAACACAUUAAUUGUAUAAGGUCCUUACUGAUCUUAUCCUUGAUAUUCAUUUGCUUGCUUUCACAAUGCAGUGCAUUGGUUUGUGAUUAGUGCUUCCAAUAUGCACCCUUUGAAUAUAGAGGCCAAUAUUAACAACACCUCUGACAGAGAAAUGGCAACUUGACUGACCACAAAUCAAGCCUGGAGCUUUUUUGGAUGUCUUCUGGUCAGUGCAAUUCUCACUGGAAAAUGUAAAUAAUUCAUUUAAACUCCUUGUUUCAGUGUACACAUGCUGCAGUUGAAUCAGUUUUCCUCCUGUUUCUUGAAUGGAGUGGCUGUAAACAAUACAGAAUUAUCUCAGUGUAGUAAAAGCUUUGAGAUCGGUUACUGAAUUAAAACUGUAUCGGCAGAAUGCACAAGUUUUUUUUCCCCUAAAUAGUUAAACUCUCAAACUUGUGAUAGGUGGAAUUGUGUUUACAGUUUAGAAAUGGAGGAGAUGGGAAAAGUAGAACCCCUCCUCACCCAACUACUUUUGAACAUUUUAGAUACUUAACGGUAAGUCAACACACAGUCAGAUAUAGUGCUAUGUUUCAGUAGUAUUUGUAACAGCAGAGAUUUUCAAUUGUACUAGUGUUAUUUUCCUCCUCAAUCCAUCAGUUUUAAAAUUAAUCACAGGUCAUUAUUGUCCUAUCCUUUCAUAUUUAGUGGGAUCACUCUGGAACUCUACCAGAAAGCAGACCUGUUCAUCCAAUUGGUUUAACUGCAAUUCAAACCUGUACUCUAACUCUCAGUGGUCUCUAAUUCUAAAAUACAGCAUGUCACUCCAAUACAAAAUUGCUCGUUCGGAUACAAUUUAUCAAUUAUUUCAGUACACAAUCUUGACUGACUCCUAUGUUUAUAUUUCUGAAAAUUGUGACAAGCUAAAAUAAUUCUUUUUCACUGAGUUAUUUAUUUUCUAAAUUGUAACCUGAAUGAACACGGAUUUUUUUUUAGUUGAAUUAAAAUAUUGUAGCGU